CCAGUUCAGCAAGAUAGCGUCUCCACACGUCAGCUUGGGGAGGGCAUUGCUGCUUAAAAUGCAGCGAAUGUGACAGCCAAUAGUCCAGACUGCCAGUGAGGGGAAGGUGAUGGUAAGAAACGUGCAUGACCAGUGAGAAAAAAUGCUAACAAAAACAACGAGCACGCCGGGGCGAGACUGACACAGAGAGCAGAGGCGCGAAAACGAGACGGACCUCUCGAUUCUACAAGUGCUUCCUCUCGCCUUGUUUCCACGGAUUUGAGAACAAAAACACACGCUUUCAGAGGGGGACUGGGAAGCGACAAGGAGCAGGGACAGUGGUGCGAGUAACGUUACCCUUGGGGGGGAAAGAUGACAGUGGUGCCCGGGGAGAACCUGGAUGAGACUGUGGCACUGGCCGCUCUGUCCCAAGAUGUCUACGACCCCGAGAGAGCGGACCAGGAGUGCUGUGAACGGGUGGUCAUCAACAUCUCCGGGCUGCGCUUCGAGACUCAACUGAAAACACUCGCGCAGUUCCCAACCACCUUACUUGGGGACCCCAGGAAAAGAAUGCGUUUUUUUGACCCACUGAGAAAUGAGUACUUCUUUGACAGAAAUCGUCCAAGCUUCGAUGCCAUCCUUUAUUACUACCAGUCUGGUGGCAGACUACGGAGACCUGUCAACGUCCCCGUGGACAUAUUCAUGGAGGAGAUAAAAUUUUACGAAUUAGGAGACGAUGUGAUCGAAAAUUUCAAAGAGGACGAGGGGUUCAUCAAGGAGGAAGAACGCCCGCUACCAGAAAACGAGUUUCAGCGCCAGGUCUGGCUUCUGUUCGAAUACCCAGAGAGCUCAGGACCAGCCAGGGGUAUAGCAAUAGUUUCAGUUUUGGUUAUUUUGAUAUCAAUUGUCAUAUUUUGUUUAGAGACGCUACCGGAAUUCAGAGAGGAAGGGAAAAUCUUUGAGGACCAUCUCUCUAUAAAUGGGACUGUGAGCGCAAAGAAACCAAAUCCAUUCACAGACCCCUUCUUUAUUGUGGAGACGCUGUGUAUCAUUUGGUUCUCUUUUGAACUGCUGGUGAGAUUUCUCGCGUGUCCUAGCAAGCCCGCCUUCUUUAAAAAUAUCAUGAACACCAUCGACAUAGUUGCAAUUAUGCCCUACUUCAUUACCUUGGGUUUGGAGCUUGCUGAGCACCAAGGAAACGGUCAGCAAGCGAUGUCCCUGGCCAUCCUACGAGUCAUUCGCCUGGUGCGAGUGUUCAGGAUUUUCAAGCUCUCCAGGCACUCCAAGGGUCUCCAAAUUCUUGGGAAGACCCUGCAGGCGAGCAUGCGAGAACUAGGUCUGCUCAUAUUCUUCCUUUUCAUUGGAGUCAUACUGUUUUCGAGCGCAGUGUAUUUCGCGGAGACUGACGACCCCGAAUCGGGGUUCAGCAGCAUCCCCGAUGCGUUUUGGUGGGCGGUGGUGUCCAUGACCACCGUGGGCUAUGGGGACAUGUGUCCAGUCACCAUCGGUGGGAAAAUUGUGGGGUCUUUGUGUGCCAUCGCUGGUGUACUGACCAUCGCACUACCUGUCCCUGUGAUUGUCUCCAAUUUCAACUAUUUCUACCACAGGGAGACAGAGCACGAGGAGCAGUUCCAGUACACACAUGUAACAUGUGGUCAACAGCAGCCCUCGUUUGGCGAAUUCAAAAAGAGUGACAGCAAGCCUUCACUCUCCAAAUCAGACUACCUGGAGAGUGACGACGCAGAUUCAAUUAAAUACACGAACUGCAGUCCCCAUAAAGCGUACACGGGGAAGCUAACUGAUGUAUGAUUGUAGAAAUGCGCAACAGUGGUACCCAGUGAAACGCGCGUCUCUUCUGACUACACCCCCAUUCCGCGCUCUGGCCUGAGUAUAUUUUCAAGCUGUUCCGGCAUCAGUAAUGCAAAGGGAAUUAUUUAUUAAGAAAUCAUAACAGAGGACUGAAACGUGGUGUGUCAAUUUUUCUUUUUAUUUCGCAAUGUCUUCCAUUUUACGCAAUCAUCUUUAUCCAAUGCGCGAAGUCUGAUUCAAGCUAAACAUUUCUCUCAGCCUCAAAACAAUGAGAAAAUAUACGAUUAUCAACAAACCAAGCCCAACCUCGCGUUGUAGCACUUUAUUAAUGUACUCUUAGUAAUGUUUAAUUUAUAAAUUACAUGUCAAUUUUGGGAAGAUGUUUACAUUUCAUUUGUUUAUUCGGUGCAGACUGAGAGGACCAAAUUAUCUACUUAUGUAAAAUUAGCUAAUUAACUAACUAUCUUCAGAGCAAAAAGUACAAGGUCACGUGAGGGAGUAGAAUAACGACUAUAUCACUUGAUCACAUCUAAUGAUUAUGACUGUAGGGGGCCACAUCAUAAUAUUAGAUGCACCGAAUUGGCAGCAUCUAUGCCAUUGUAAUAUUGGAACACAGUGACUGCUAUGUGCCCUUUGGGCAAUGCAUAUCCCCAUCAAAAUGCAGCUGUCACUAAAACGUGAUCAGCAGUCAACAAGGAAACAUGCCACAGCUACUGUAAUCGUCCUCCAAAUUUAGUUGUUGGCGUUCAGAUUUUUUUUUUUUUUGCACCUUGCCUAGGAUUGAUGUCAUUCCAUGGACGACAUGCAAUCUGUUUGGUAUAGUUAUGCUUUGUGGCUGAGGUAUCCUAUCGUUUACAUACAUUAUUGGGCGACGGCUCUUAAUUUAUUGAAAUCUUACUGUAAUAUUGUUGUGGCAUCAAGCUGGCCCCAGGUGCAAGCAAAUACAACUGAAUAGAAAAUCUACAGUUUCCAUUGGCUAUGACUUGGUAAAAGCCCACGUGUAAAGGAAGAAUGCAUUAGCCUGUUUGCAUAAAAUGCAUGUGGAAAACAGACAGGAAAAAACUUGAUAGAAUGUGCGCCCUGUUUUUUUUUUUCCUUCAACACGGCGACGUUUGAAAUCCAAGUGCGCCUCCAAAUGGUAUAAAGGAGAAAUCGCAGAUUUCAUACACAGAGGUGUUUCUAUAGCAACCUUCCAGACUGUUCCGUAUCCUUCAACAUCGACGAUACAUUUUGUUGCCUUAAGUUAGGCUACGUGAAGGAACGUCUGUAUUGUUGGGCUUGUUUAUUGCUUUCGAUUAUGCUGCUUAUGAAACCGACUAAAGAUAAUGUAAACAAGUUCCAUCAGAUUACGAGACAGUUUUUGUUUUUUGGCAGCUAAAUCGCGUCUGGUCUGCUCUGCCUCCGUGCUCUGGGCUUGAUAUAGCCUACUCGUCCUAAAUAAUAUUGCUAUCAUAUUCAAUAUUACAGUAUAGGUCUCACUAAAUAAUAAACUAAAUGACAUGGUACAAAUAACGCUUCCCUUGCGUAAAGGGGCAUUUUGAUUUCCCUGCACCCAGACAUGAUGUGUUUCAAAUGAUUAAACCACAACUGCCAGUACAUGUAAAGGACAUCACACAGACCCUCACCUUCAGUAACAAUGUGAGCUCAUGGAGAGGAAUCAUACCGCUGAACAUGGUACUGAGUCUUGUGGAGAGCAAAGUCAGCCUUCCACAUGGUUGGAUUAAGCGGCUGUGCCUGCCAGUGAAAGGGACAGUGAACAGUCACGUCUGGUCAUGGAACAGAGCAAAUUCUGAAACCCUGUUUUUCAGUGGUGUAGUGGAUUAUUUCCCCAAACACCAUAUCCUGCAAAACUGUAAGGAGAGCUGUUUUUCAGUGAGUACAUUGGUUUCUGAAGGACUGUUUCCAUUGAGUAAGUCAGUCAGGCCAGACCAGAGGUGUGUCCAUUGCUCAAAAAAGGUUUGGGUCCAAAAUGCAGCAUUCUCAGUGGAACCAGGUUAAGUUAAGUGCACACCCCUGUUUCUGGACUUCAAUAAUAGUAUAUUUACUCUUUUGAUCCCGUGAGGGAAAUUUGUACCCACUGUCAGCACUACAAGGAAGUAUUGGUGUCUGAUCCGUCAUGAUAGAGGAUGUUUCCCUAAUCUGUGCAUCCCAGUAACUGUGCAUGACCUGCCACACAUGUAUGUUGAGAGCAGAACGAACAACAGGCCUGCCUGUUAGCAUGGAAUGGUAAUUGUAGCCUAUAGUGCUGCUAUGUUUUCAGUUGCCUUAUUGUGAGUCUUGAAGCAUGCUUUUUUAGUCAUUUUUAGUCAAUACAAAUGACACAUUGCACCUUUCAGUUCAGUAUAAACCAGUGUGACAAUGCCUAUUCCUCAACUGCUCAUAUGGUGGACUGUGUUCUCUUUGCUAUAUUGCAUUGGAAAAAAGAGAAGCAAUGUUGCUAUGAGCAUGUCUGAGAAAUGCCUCAUUAGAAAGAAGUGGGUUAUGCUCUGGAACGGGUCAGUGUUGGGGAUGACGCACAGAGACAUUUUGCUUGAAAGCAUACAGUAGAAGUGAUUCUGCAAUUUGACAGGCAUAAGAAAAUACCCAAAGCCAGCGCAAAGAAAGUGACGAGAGUGCUAGUGCAAUAUGUAUCCGUAGAUUCAAAGUGUAGUGCAGACAAUAUGUCAAAGCCUUAACGAUCUGGGAGCAUUAAAAAACGACUUAAAAAAACUGACAUGAACAUUGACACAAUACUGCACCUUCAUAGUAUAGCCACUGACUUACUGUAUAUUUAUAGCCACAGAGCCACUGACUUAUAUUUAUAGCUACAUAACCGCUGACUUAAAUCUAAUGUAAACUGUAGCCAGUGUAAUAUGUCACUGUAUCUGCAUCUGCUUAUUGUGGACUGUGUUGCCUUUGGCAGCGACGGGUGGUAAAGCCGAAGUGAGAAGCACUUUAAUCUGGUGCCCCACUGGGUCUCAGUUAGUGCAUUAACCAGUCGACACUACAGCCCUCUUCUCUUUUGGUUUACAGGGGGAUGGAGGGAGAUGCACUCGAACAACCGCCCUUGCCUUCCUGUCACCUCUUCACUGCGGGACUGUACACUAAUUCUCUCUCACUCUCUCUCUCUCUCUCUCUCUCACGUUCUCUCUCUGUCUCAUACACAUGCAGGACUCGGGGAGUGUCAUUCUAAACGAUAGGUGUACUCUGCGUGCCACAGAAAACACACACACACACACAGAGAGAAGAUGAACACUCGGAAGUCUAUGCACGCCUCGGUUGUCCUAGACUUCGCUGAUGGACUCGCGGACACAGAGGCCUCUCUAAACUUCUGCUGAGGAAGAGCACGAUCUACAGACUUUUUUCUUUUAAAAAAAUCAUCCGCCGAUAUCCAGGACAGCAUAGGAGGCAACGGACAAAAAGACAAAACUAAAACAAGCACGGAGGCGGCUUGCAGGGCAGGAACCCAAGGUACCGAGGAUGUUACUUGAAUCACAACACACCAUACAUACACACAUACAUCACAUACACUAAUUACGAAACCAUUAAGGCAUUCAAGAUUACUUUAGUCUUGGGGGAAAACACGUGCUCCUCUUGCGGAGGAGAGACAGGUGACCGUGUGUGAGAAACUGUAGGUACACAUCAAGACUAUGUGGGUGUUUAUGUACACUUCAUAUCGUGCUAUACCAAAUCAUAUUACUGCAUGCUUGAAAAAUAGGGCAUGUAAACAUUGAUUACAAACAAAGUUAGAUGCUUCUCAUUAUACAUCACCUGCUUUGGCACCAUUAGUCAAAAUUGUGGGAACAAGGACUGAGCUCAUGGAUAUCAUCAUUAAAUCAAUCAUUUGUCUUGUUUUCACAGGCGAGGUUUAUGCAGUUAAAUCUCUAUUUUUUUAAAGUACCAUGUGUGUUUUGUAUACAUGGGGAUUGGUUUAUUACCUUCAUUUUAUUUAGAGCAUUUUUCUUGCAAAUUAAUGAUUUCACCCCCCCCCCCCCUUUUUAUGUUUCCCCCCAUGUCUUUUUAAGAGAGUUAACAUUAAUGAAGGGAAUAUGUGGUGAUAGUAAAUUGGCUUCCUGUUUUGACCUUGCCCUUUGACCUCCCCCAGACCCCCUUCUGUCUCAUUUGAAAUGCAAGUGUGCUGCAGGCUCUCAUCCUAAGAGAAGACAUGAUGUCUCUUCAACAACUGUGAUUGUCAGUGUGUGUGUGUGUGUGUGUGUGUGUGUGUGUGUGUGUGUGUGUGUGUGUGUCAUAUUACAAGUUGGAUCAGAAUGCUGUAUCUGUUGUCAAAGGCAUCUACCUCAGUGUCCACUCACGUCCAUCGUUAUUCAAAGAAAGCUGGAAAGAAUGCUUUUUUUGAAAAACACACAAACACACAGGGUGAAUGAGAGAGGAGAAGGAAAAGAAAGAAAGAAAGAAAAAAAGAAAGAAAGAAAGAAAUUAAGAAAGAGAGACUUCUUCAGACAGCUUUAGAUGUCAAAACAAGCCACCUGUCCAACUCGUCACUCUCCAUCACUUUUCAUUGUCCUGAUUGUCUGGUAUUUGUGCUGUAAUGCCUGAAUGAAAACAAUCGGUUCUCACUAGUAAUUUAGUGUGCUUGAUCGUGUCCCCUUUCAAAAAAGAAGCACUGGUUUAAAUGGUGGUGUAAGCAUUUUAUCGCAGUGGUGAUGGUGUUCAUACUGCAUAUCCUUACUAUGAGUAUGAUUUCUAAAUGGUUGUAGUUGGUCAAAGGUCAAUGCUUGUUUUAUGCAAUUUGUUCCUCAAAUCCCUUUGACUUGUGUGCAGAGAGGAAUAAUAGGAUGAAAGCAUAUCAAUGAAAACACCAAUGGCUGAGUUGAAAAAAGAAAAGUUUAUUUUUUUUCAUAUAAGUGAAUAUAAUAUAGAUGUAUUUGAGUAAGAGUGUAUCAUUUCAGAGACAUUGAGAAGCCUGUGCCUAUUGUGCGUGAUAUUUUUAUAUGCAUUUAUGAGGGAAGUUGCAAUAAUGUGUGGGGAAGGCUCGACCGCUUCAGGAAACAGCCUUUUACUUUUUGGAGAUGCGUUGCCUCCAGACAAUUGAUGGCCCAGACUUGGUGAUUUGUUUUUCAAGACCCUAGAAACUAUAGUAUCUUGAGUUUUAUCCCAAAACAGCUUUCCUGUAAGUAAGAAGCACUUGUUUCCUGGAUGCGGGUCUGGCCAACACUGAGACUGAAGUUGAAUCUUUUAUUUGCUAAACCAGGCAUAAAUACCCUGGUCAUGUCAACAUCACUGACCCUGUCUAUCACUGACUUGCACAACUCAUGACUGUGUUAACAUAGAGGAAACGUUGACAGACAAAGCAUUUAAGCAAUAGUACAAUUGCACCAAACAGCCAUGCCAUUUCAAACCCUCAUCAUCACUGAUUCUGAGGUCUUCCUUGUGGAAGCAUGAUGCAUCUGUUUAAUUUUAUUGUUAUUCUUUUAUUCUUUCUUUUUUUUAAAUUAAUUUUUCUAAAUAUUGUCAUCAAUUUGGACAUUUCCUCUUUUCAUUUAUGAUCUAUUUUUGAUAAAUAAAUUUUUUGAUUGGUUA